UCCCUUAAUCUCGCCAAGCAAACGUAUAGACGAGCCUACAAGCUAGCCAAAGUCCAUCAAACCAACCCACCAAAUGGCCUCAAUUCAGUGCAGCAAACCAGCUGAGCAAACUUGCAACCAAGGCCAGCAAAGCCACUCACUCGGACAGAAAAUGUCUGAGAUGGUUACUUCUGUUUUCAAGAAAGAGCAAACUCACCAAGGCCACACAACUGCCCAGUGCCACUGCCAGACCACUGAGUACAAAACCCAGACUCACUCCUCUGGCCAAACCCUUUCCCAUGGAAUGACCAAGACCCAGACCGUGUGUGCGGUUCAAACUAAUGGGCAGGAAGCCCAUGGACCGGGGCUAGGUCUAGCAACUACUAACAGUGCAAAGUCCCGUAGAAACAGUAGGAGUGGUGAGCACAGGAGAAGGGGUUUGCUGCAGAAGAUCAAGGACGGAAUUUCUGGCCACAGUGACAGUGGUAGUAGCAGCAGCGAGAGCGACAGUGAUGACGAGAAGUGUGGAAGGAAGAAGAAUUAAGAGAUGGAUCAGCUAUGAGCAGCAUCAAAUCUGAUGAAGAAGGGUUGUCUAAUAAAUAAAUAAUGGAGAAUAAGGAGAUGUGCGAAUGUGAGGUUCAUGUGGGACUAUUACUCGUGGGGUGUAGCUCCAUGAUCACUGUGUAUCUUAUUUAUGAACAAAUAAAAAUUAUGUCUUUCACAAA